AUGAACACCACUUUAAGGAAAGAAAGAAAAACAGAAACGGAAAGUGAUUCUAUCAGUGAUACAUCUAAGCAAAGAAGGAAAAGAUCAAGCUCAAGGCCGAGACAAUCUUCUGUUAAAAAAUCAAAAAAUCUGUUAAACAAUAAUGCUCUUGAUAAAAAACUGGUCAAACCAAAUGCAAGGAAUACAGACAGGAAAUCAAACGAAGGGGAAAAAUCUUGCAAAAUAUCAAGUUUUAGACUUGUUGGACUAAUGGGAAAAUUUAUUUUUGGAAGAAAUAAACUGUCUCUGGGUUUAAAAGAACUGGCUGGCGAAGAUAAUAAAACAUCUGCUGCUAGUGAUAAUUAUCCCUCUGAAGUUAUAACUAGUAAAGAUGAGGCUAGCACAGAUGUUGAUAUAGACUUAGAUGAAUCGAUAAUUGAGGAACAUUCAAAAGUAAAUGAUCUGAAAAACUUUGAUUCAAAUGAUAAUGAGAUUUCUGAAAAAAUAGAUAUUGAUCUAAAUGAUCCCGAAGUUGCCAAUAGUACAGCUAAAAUCCAAGCAAGUUUCAAAAGAAAACAAGCAAGAAAAGAAGUGGAAAAAAUCAAAGAAGAUAAGAAACAAGCUUCCAAACAUAAAAUAGAAGAAGAAAUAGACAUUGAUCUAAAUGACCCUGAAGUUGCAAAUAGUGCAGCUAAAAUUCAAGCAAGUUUUAAAGGGAAACAGGUCAGAAAAGAGGUGGCAAAGAUGAAAGAAGAGCAUAUUCAAAACCCUUCAAAGGAAAAUGACACUGAUAUAGAUACAAGAGAGGCUAAAAUAAAAGCAGAUGAAGAAAUAGACAUUGAUCUAAAUGACCCUGAAGUUGCAAAUAGUGCAGCUAAAAUUCAAGCAAGCUUUAAAAGAAAACAGGUCAGAACAGAGGCAGCCAAAAUGAAAGAAGAACAAAGUCAAAGCAAUUCAGAAGGAAACAUUGUCAAAACGGAAACAGAAAAGAUAGAAAAAAAGGCAAAUGAAGAAAUAGACGUUGAUCUAAAUGACCCUGAAGUUGCAAAUAGUGCAGCUAAAAUUCAAGCAAGCUUUAAAGGGAAACAGGUCAGAACAGAGGAAGCCAAAAUGAAAGAAGAACAAAGUCAAAGCAAUUCAGAAGGAAACAUUGUCAAAACAGAAACAGAAGAGGCUGAACAAAAGGCAAAUGAAGAAAUUGAUCUAAAUGAUCCAGAAGUAGCAGAUAGUGCAGCCAAAAUUCAAACAAGCUUCAAAGGGAAACAGGUCAGAAAAGAGGUGGCAAAAAUGAAAGAAGAAAAUAAAAAAGAUGCUACCAUAGUAAAAACAGAUGUUAAUUUAAAUCUAGAACAAGCGGAACCAACUGAGUGCUCAAAGCUUGAAGAUUGGAAUCCCAAAGAAACACCGCAAAUUAUUGAGAAUGCUGAAGAAGAUAUAAGUGUUAGAUCUAGUGUGAACUGGGAGGAUCCUGAUAUAAAUGACACUGCAACAAAUAUUCAAGCUGGUUACCGAGGGUGGAAGGUCAGGGAUGAUAUGAAUAAGAAGGAAGAAGAACGAGCUGCUACAAAAAUUCAGACCAGAUACAGGGGUUACCAAGCUAGAAAAAAUGUAUCUAAAAUUCGAAAAGAAAAGAAUAAAAACUUAAAAGAUAAUUUAGAGGAACCCAAAGAGAUUAUUGUUGAAGAUACCUCAGAAUACACCGAAUAUGAUUCUGAAACUAGUUAUUAUUAUGAGGAUGAGGAUGAUGAAUCCGAAGUCUUAGACGAGCGACCAAAAACACCUGAAACAUCUGUUGCAAAGUUUGCGGAAAAAACAGAUUCUCAAGACUCCACCAAAUUAUCAGGGUUUAAAGCAAUAGGAAUGGUUGCUCGGCUUAUGAAAAAAAGAAAGGAAAAGUUGGAUGAUGAAAGAAGACAAUCCAUUGUAUCAAAGGAUGAUUCAACAAUGGAAAAGAAUUUGUCCAAGGAAAAUCAAAUAGCUGAAUUAGUACCCAAAGAGCCCACUGCAACUGAAAGAGCAGCGGAACAAGUUUCAACAACUGAAACCACGUCAAAAAUCACCACUGAAGAUUCUGACCAUAAAUACACUUCAGAUGACUUUUUAGAUGGAGAUGAAGAAUUAGAAGAUUCUGAUGCAGAAACAGGUUCCGAGAAUGAGGAGGAAGGCGAAGAAGAUGAACAAGUUGUUCAGGAGGACAAGAAACCGUUUUUUCUUCUAAAACGUCUUGUUGGAAUAAUGUCCCUAACGGGGGGUCCAAAUAUAAAGACUUUUAAAUCCAACAAAGUUGGGAUUCUGGCAGAGGUGAAGGAAAACUCGAAGGAACAUGAAGAACAGGAAGAAACGGUUCCAAAACCUCCUGCUGAGAUUUCAAGAUCUAAGCUUGAAGGAGUGGAAGUAGUUGUGACAGACGUAGAUGGUUAA